CAUAACAUGGGCGGGAGAAAUAAUAAUAAUAAAAAAACGACAUGCAACCAAUCAGAGAUGAGUUGCUUACCACUUCCUGGCACGAGGGCGGCUUGUCAUCCAGUAGACUUGAACUAGACGCCCUUUUCCCUUCGUCACAGCUCAGAAGUAUCCCACCCCCAAGGAGUCAGACCCGGAGAGGAAGCUGCUGAAUGUCUGACUCUCAGUGGAAACCAUGGAAAACCCGGCAAACAACAGCAGCAAGCGCGCCGACAGCACGGGAGACUGCGCCAUCUGCCUGGAGGGGAUUCAGCGGAGGAAAACGCUCAAGUGUCGGCACUCUUUCUGCUCGGAGUGCAUCGACUCAGUUUUCAGACUGAAGCCCGCAUGUCCGAUAUGCAACACUUUCCACGGAGUGUACACGGGGACCCAGCCGCCGGGCACGAUGACGGUGACCCGCAGCUUUGUGAAGCUGCCGGGCUUCGAGAACUGCGGCUCGAUCGUCAUCCAGUACAGCUUCCCAGGGGGGAUACAAGGGGCUGAGCACCCAAAUCCUGGCGUGAGGUACAGCAGCACCUCUCGUACUGCCUACCUGCCAGAUUGUGCAGAGGGUCAGAAGGUCUUGAAGCUGCUCAGGAAAGCAUUCGACCGAAGACUUACUUUUACCGUCGGACGGUCGGCCACCACAGGCCUCAACAAUGUCAUUACCUGGAACGACAUUCACCACAAGACCAGCAUAAAUGGCGGUCCAGAGAGUUUUGGUUAUCCGGAUCCAGCGUACCUGUUCAGGGUUCAAGAGGAGCUUCGUCUUAAAGGUGUAACAGAGGAUGACUGAUUGUUCAAAAACAAUUUUUAGACAGACUUAGUCCUGCUCUCAAUAAAGUUCCCAGUUGCAAAUCUGCACUUUUCAACAGUAAUGUUCGCCACAGAUACUUGAAGAUGUGUUUUUUUUUUUUUUUUUGCGUAUGACCUGGGCUAAAUCGAGGGAGACGUUUAGCUUUUCCAAAGACUUUCUGCUUUAUUCCUGUUAUGUAGCUGAUUGACUUUAAGCCAAUAAGCAAGAUGAGUUUGGUAUUGAUUUUAUUUGUGUAUACAGCAACAUUCACAGUUUUUGCAGUCUUUGUAAAAAAGUGUGGAAAGUAGAAAAACUAAGUUAAUCUUUUGUCACCUUAUUCUGAUCACACAUUGAAAAACAUCCUGUUUACCUCAUUGAGUUCUAAGUGUUUCAAGCGUCACUCAGGAUGUUGUGGAAAAGCGGCUUUCCUGGAACGUACGCCUUGGUGGAAUGGCCUGUAUCCAUUGACUAGGAGAAAUGGACCUGUGUUUAUUUACCUAUUUAUUUAUAACUCCAACAGAAAAAUGUGGGUUAGAUUUUGAACAAUACAAAAAAGUAAAAUUGUCAUUCAAAAAAGCAAAAAUACUCUUACGUGUUGAACAUCAUUUUUAGGUGAAGGUUGAUUUUUUUUUUGUGGCUGAGAUUAAAGAUUAGUUUAUUUAAAGAACUUUUACACAUUUCUUUUUUUUUUCACCGGGGAUGCUAAAAAAAAUUAGAGACUGCUAUGUUUGUAGCAAUUUAUUUGCACUGGAUGGAAACAGAGUAUGAAUGAAAAGUGAUUGUUUUCUAGGAUGUAUGGCAGAGUCAGAUAAAUUAUCCUGUAAAUUAUUUUGUUGACAAUCAGACCUGUUUAUUGAAAAGGCUUAAAAUAUUUAGUAAUUUUUAUUCUUUUCCAGUUUUCUUCUUCAAAAAAAGUGUGAAAGCAUGAAAACGUUUUUGGUGAAAUUAUAUUUGAACAUAACAUUUCCCAUAAAAUAUAUUUAUUUAAAUUUACAUUUUAUUUUUAAAGAGGUGUACCAAAAAUUACUAAAAAUGACUGUGCCUGGCUAAUGACUAUAAAGUAAAUUACAUUGUUUUUUUUUUUUUGUUUUUUUUUUAAGUAGGAUUAAAAAAAUCCUACUUAAAAAACACAAAACCAGAAGUUUGUGUUUUUUAUUUUUGCAGUAAUACACCUUAACUGAUUUUGUGCCUUAUGCAAUAUCAGAUAAGUUUGUGCCUUAAGAACAAUGAGUGAAAUAUGUUUUUUAGUCCCUGACAUCACCUUGCUUGUACACUAGAUGGCGCUGCUCCCCUAGUUAAAGGACUGUUAAAUUUCUGUUCCCAGCUUUCUCUCUCCCCUCAAAGUUUCCGACAUAAUGCGUUUGGGUCAGUUUUCACUGCAACAGUUAGAGAGGAGGUUGCUUUGUCUUUCACUAAAAUAUGAUGUCAUAUUGUGGAGGAAUGUGUACUGCUGUGUGGUGAUGGCUGAAAAGCUGAAAGGGAAGUUGUUCUUUGUUAACUGUGUGAAGACCGACCAAAUCAAUGCUGGACCAAAUAUAUCCUAUUUAAAACUCGCUCCGAAUGUUUUGGUCUUGCAUUACAGUGCAUGGCAUACUGAGAAGAUUUUUCACUUUGCACGUUUAUAUGGAAUAGACCAGUGCAAACUAGCACAUAAUCCUGAAGUGGAAGGACAAUGAUUGAAAGUUUAGAACAUUUUUUCCCCCCACAAAAACAAAUUUGGAUAGAAUAGUAUUGAAACCUCUGAGGCCUUCAAGUCAGCUGGAUUGAUAUAGAAGGUUAAUUUACACAACUAUUGUGUAAACUAUUGUUCCAUAAAUUUGCUAUUCACAACUGUAAGUUUACACAUUUACUAUUGCGUAAAUGCUUUCUGAAGUGACUUCGGAUUUUGUUUGCUUUUAUUUAGGGAUAUCAGAAUGAAUCCAGCCGAAUGAAAAUGCACACCGCACUUUGAAGAUUUUAUUCGGCAUUUUUUCAACCCAUCAUUCAUGAUGCUCUCCUCCCUCACUCUAGUUUGUGUCUGUAAUGUGACAAAAUGUAAAAAAAAAAAGAAAAAAAACGUUCAAAUUUGGAUUUGGUCCAAAAAUAGUCAGGAAGCACAUUUAACUUUUAUUUAGUUUGAAAGCGUGCACACGUGAUGGAACAGAGUCAGAUAGUGGCCUGUUUUCCACUCUGACGUCAGUGUCUGCGGGGCAUUUCUGUGGCCUGUAGGAUCUCAGGGCAUCUGCUAACCUCUAAUCAGAGUAGGACCCAUCUGCCACCCCACCCUGUGUUGCCCCUCUUUCAUCAGUAAAAUUCAUCCACAUGUCCUCAUCCGUCCAUUCAGCAAAUAAAAAACAAAAACAACAAGAGGUUGAUUUGAAUUGUUUGCGUUUUAAAGAGUUCUGCAGCAUUUUGGUUCUCUAAAGUAGAAAGAUCGCCUCAUGAUGCAACUUAAUAAUAAUAAUCCAAAAACCUAAACGCGAAUAGUGAGGCAGGAUUGUGUGUGAUAUAAAGCAGAAUCUAGCGAAAGUAGCUCAAAGUAGAAGCAUGUCUGAAAUUACUUUCGCUUCUUUGAAUCUAACCUACAUUUACACAUGAAAUACUUCAUGUGAAUUUGUCUGGUUUGUUACUAUACGAGGACGUCUCCCUGACAUGAUAUUCUCUGGGGUUAAAGCAAAAAUGCAUUUUGUUUUUGCCAGGAAUUCAAAUUGAGAAAGGUUGAUUUUUCUUGUUUUGCUUUUUAUUUUAUCGGAUGAUUAUAUUAGUGUGAAAUUUUGUCUCGGAUUUUCCUCCAUAUAGUCUUCUGCACGUAAGCUCCUUUCUGCAGAGCAACAUCUUCCAAAUGUAUUCUGUAUCCCCUAUGUUUGUGAAAAACUGCAGAAGGGAUUUUUUUCGGACGUUUUUUCAACUGUUUUGCUGCCUUAACAACCAGAUAUGUGGAGAACAUUAAAAUGUAACAUUAUGUAACAUUAAAAACAAAUUUUCCCUCCUGAGCGGUGGAUCUGCAGGUCCUCCAGAGUUACCAAGGGCCUCUUAAUCAUCUUUUCAUGACCAGAUACUGGAUGGAACAAGGCUCUUUCAGAUGUUCAAAGCAUUGGAUUGUAUUAUAAAAUUACACCUUGCUUCAAAGGUCCACACAGCAGCUUAUGUUGCAUAUUAUUGACACAUAUUAUGUGUUUUUUUAAUAUUGUAUUUUGUUUUUCUGCUUUAAAGCGUUUGCGAGUUAGUCUCUUUGUAAGGAGAAUGUUUUAAUCUCUGUGACUUACACUUGAAUAAAUAAAGACCAUAAUGAC